GUUUGCAAGCUCGUUAAAAUAUGCGAAAUCGGAGAAAUUCGAUGCUUGAGACACGACGGCGUUCAACGCUCGCAACACUGAUUUUUCACGAUUUUUCCGAAUUCUGGAAGUUUUUGUAUACGAAAUUAUAUCUCCAAGGAUGCCCAUUGGUUUAUGUUUGAUUGUGAAUACAGAAUUACGGCGUGGGUUUGCCGGCAUCAUGUCGCAAAUGAUGUUUUGUUGAUAGUAACAUAACCUGCAUUAUACGCUAUUUGUCUUCCAUUUCUUAUGUCUUUUUCUUGUUAUUAGCAAAUAUGUGACACAAUGUGUGGCUUUAAAAGAAUAUAUGACUAUAGAUCUUGACAAAUAUCAUUGUCCACGGUGUGAAGCUAUGUGUGGUCCUUCACUCAUGAAGGCUAGAAUGAACUGGCACAGACAUGAUUAUACCGAACGCGAUGCUGACACAAAACCUGUUCAGACUGGUACUCCAGUAUUUAUACGAGAGUUGAAAUCUAGGCACUUUCCCAAAGCUGAUGAAGUUGUGAAGCAUGUGAAGGGUCAGCAAUUAACUUUUCAGUAUUUACAAACAAAUGGUUUUGAAACUCCUAUCAUUACUGAUGGAAAAGAGGGACUUGAUAUGAUUGUACCAUCUCCAAGUUUUAGUGUCUACGAUGUCGAGACUCAUAUAGGUGGUGAUCGAGACAUGGAUGUAAUCGAUGUUACUAGACAAAGUAACAUACGCAUGAAAUUAAGAGACUUUGUAGAAUAUUUCAAUUCUCCUUCUCGAACAAGGGUACUUAAUGUCAUAAGUCUCGAAUUUUCUAAUACUGGUCUUUCGCCAAUGGUGGAAGCGCCGUACAUCGCGCGCAAACUUGACUGGGUUAAUUCUGUGUGGCCGCGAGAUUGGCCCGAGGACAGUGAUAUAAAGCGACCCGAAGUACAAAAGUAUUGCCUAAUGGGGGUCAAAGAUAGUUUCACAGAUUUUCACAUUGAUUUUGGCGGCACAUCUGUUUGGUAUCACGUGUUACGCGGCGAAAAAGUGUUCUACCUCGUAAAGCCGACGCCGGCGAAUUUGCAACUGUAUCAGCAUUGGAUGUGCAGUUCCACACAGAGUGAAACUUUCUUUGGGGACCAGGCCGACGCGUGUUACAAAUGCGUGCUUAAACAGGGUCAAACAAUGAUGAUUCCCACAGGCUGGAUACACGCUGUGCUCACGCCGAUGGAUUCUUUGGUUUUCGGCGGAAAUUUUGUGCACAGUCUUAACAUUCCGAUGCAAAUACAAAUAUAUGAAUUAGAAAGGAAGAUGAAAACUCCUGCAAAGUUUCAGUAUCCUGGAUUUGAGACAAUUAACUGGUUUGCAGCGAAAAAAUUGCUCAAAGAACUAAAAGAAUUAAAUAAUGAGGGCAAAAAAUGUCCGUCAUAUUUUUUACAAGGUGUGAAGGCGCUGCUUGGAAUUCUCAAACAAUGGAAUACAGACAAGGAUUAUAACAUGAUCAGCCGCGGUCAGAUACCGGAAACGAUAAAUAGCCAGAAAUUACUGAAAGACCUCAGCAAAGAGAUACGACACGCGGAACGGUACUUAAUAUCUUUAAAUCCGCCGAAGCCGGAACGUGAGAGUAAACGAAAGAAGAAGAAGCCGUUGAACAAAGAUUUCGUGGAUUUUGAUUACGCCGACAAGAUGGCUGAUAACGCCUUUAAAAUGACGCUGAAGGAAAAGAACAAAGUGGAACCUGCUGUGAUUCAAGAAUCGCCGAGGCCACCGUUAAAGCUCACAUUACCAAAACCCAUUAUGUGCCCCGACGUUAAAGCGACUGCGACGGAAAAACCUGCCAAUAGCAAUAAGCGGCAAUUGUCCAAGCCGGGAAAACAGAGCCCUACCGUAAUUAGAUUUAAACUCGGCAACAAUGAGGUUGUCAGAAGUACAAACGACAAUAUAAACGUUUACGGAAACAAUAUUACAACCGAUCACACCCUCGAGACAACGAAAGAAUCGCUACCGUGGAAUCAAACGUCGUCCGUAUACGAUUUUCACGACGGCAGCAGCGAGAGCGAUUACAGUCUCGUGAUAGAUGAGUCGCAGAAGCGGAAGCGGGCGCCGAAAUCGAACGCGCAGAAGCGAUUUAAGCGCGAUUUCGAUGGUAACGUUGACGUGCUAAGCAACGCACCGAAAAACGGUAUAGAGGAACUGUUGAAAGCAUCGGCGUACACGCUCGGAAAUGGCACUCAGAGGAUAGACGUCACGCCUUCGACAACGAUCUCACAGUACAGCCAGUCCAUGCCGCCUCCUACUGGUUCCGACAGGGCGUCACCGUCUACACGGGAGGCGAUCGCUGGAAUGUUAUCGUUCAGCCAGAGUUACUCAACCACGAGUAAUCUCACGAAAUCUUCAAAACCCACUAAGAGCCAACCAGACGACGAUGACGACGACGAUGAUCAGUCGAUAGAAAAUAUCGACAAAGUUCACCAAGACGAUGAUUUCAUUUAUCCAGCUUUGGACGCUUCCGACGACGAAGAUUAUAUCUUCAAGCCCAAAGCAAAGAGUCAGAUUGAUGAAGCGUGGAACCCGAAAGCCAGAGUGGGUCCCCUUUUACCAAAAACAAAUCGACCGGCGCGGGAAGGCGCGAAGAAAACGUCUGUGGAAAAGGGCUUGGAAGCGGCUGCGGCGAAGCGAGCGAAACAAUCGGUUGAAUACCUGGAUAACGACAUGGACAAGACUACCAAGAAGAAAUUGAGUUCCAACAAACGGACGUAUAACAAAAAGAAGCAGAAGAAUCCGGUGGUCACUGCAGUGGGGACUACGUCGUCCACUGCAGCUUCUGAAAAUGUUAUAAAAUCACCAACAGGAUUCGGAUCGAUACUGACAAGUCCCAAUCGACUUAGAGAUGUUAAAGCCAAACUUGCGGCACCCGUUCCCGUUGAGCGAAAACCAAAAAAGGGAAUGAAAACGGCGAAGCAACGUUUGGGGAAGAUUCUAAAACUGCAUAAAAUGAUGCAUUAGAAAAAAUAUCGCGAAAAGGGAAAGAAAAAGAACAUCACAUUUUUCACUUGUGUAUAAAAUCAUAAUUGUACAUUACUGUGUAAAUAUAACAAAUUUUCCAUCAAGGUGACGCGCUCACCUUACAGAAAUAAGCUAGGUAUAAAAAUCAGCGUCGUUUUUUAAGAGAUACUUAUAUUUAUUACGACAUCGUUUAAUUUUAGGUGGAUAUUUAACAACUUUUGAUAUCUCGAUAUUUCAGUAAGACGAUAUUUAUAUUGUAAUAACGGCUUACUGAUGUUUUAUGUGAUGACUCGACAGUAACAGUUCAGUUGACAACGACUUGGGCGAAAAGAAGGACUAUAUCAAUUCAUAAUUUAUAGUGUGCACUUCAUUAUUUCAAUAAGAUCAUAAUUUAACUUAUGACUAGUAGCAGAUCAAAUGAACUUAGCGAUAGGAACCAUUUUAGGAUGCGGGAAGGAAGUAGAUAUUCUUUUUAAUGAGUAGCAAGUAAACACUCCACCGUCCAUUAUUAGAACACGGAGAAUUCCUCAUCAUGUGCUACAUAGUGUAUUUUUGCAUUUCUUGGAGUACGCAAUUGGUAUAACUGAUUGCUAUCUAACCGAAAAGUCGUCUCCACCUUCAGAUAUAACAAUUGCCACAUGUUAUUUUUUUUAUUACCAACGCAUCUAGACUUGUAUUAAUUUACGUAAAGAUAUAUUAUGUUGCGCGAUAAACGUAACGCGAAACACAAUCACUUUUUUAUUUUUUUUUUUUUUUUUUUAAGCAAAAAGAGAUUACAUAGUUAAAUAAUACAGAGUCUAAAUAAUGCCGAGUUGCGUGUAAUCUUUAUUAUCACAAAAAUGCACUUGUCCAUUUGUUGUAUCGGUUUGUAAUUCUCUCCACAUGCAAUUUGUUCGGUGUGUAGCACUUUAGUUAUUCUCAACUUUUUGCCACUUAGUUUAUACAUCACAGAGAGAGGCUGUAGGAUAUUUAGUUUUCUAUACAUCUUAUUAAAACAGAAAAAAAAUGAAAGGAAUGAUAUCUACCAGCGGAACAUUUUCUAUGUAACUUAUAAGUAUGGUAAAAUGUACUUGAUCUUUAUUACGGAGUAAAGUAGCGUAAGGAAUCUUA